GAGAAUAAUGAUGUAUGGAGAGCCAUUCGUCAUUAUUUACAACUACGAUGGCAUCCUCGCCAAGAGUGGGUUUAGAUUAUUGUCAAAAGCUGCCUAAAAUCGAGUUACAUGCUCACAUCAAUGGAAGCAUUAGUCCUUCAACACUUGAAAAACUUGCAGGAAAUUCCUUGUCGUCGUCAGAUAAAAACAUAAAGGAAACCUUCAACGAAAUACACAGAUGGAGAACCUUGGUAGAAAGACGGGAAAGGCAGACAUUGAGUGGGUGUUUCCAAACAUUUAAACUAAUUCACAAAUUAGCUAAAGAUGUCAAGGCUGUUUCCAUGGUAACUUCUGAUGUCAUAAAGGAAUUCGCCAGCGAUGGUGUAAAGUAUGUUGAACUCCGGAGCACACCUAGAGAUGAUCCUGCGAAUGGAUUGACAAAGAAGCUGUACAUUGAUGCUGUACUGAAUGGAAUAGAGAAAUGUGAAAGAGACAGGAUUGAUACAAUAGUGAAGUUUCUGCCAUCCAUUGAUAGAAGGAUGUGCUUAGAGGAUGCAGGAGAGGUUGUUAAUCUUGCAUUGGAAUAUCAUUCUUCAACAGACAAGUGUGUUGGAUUAGAUCUCAGUGGUGAUCCAAAGUACGGUGAUGUCAAGGCACUAGUCCCGCUGCUUCAGAGGGCCAGAAAUCAUGGCUUAAAACUUGCAAUUCAUACUGCCGAGGUAAGUUCAGUUUGAAGAACUUUAAAAGGUCUCAGGUAGUCAGUCACAGUUGAUAGUACAUAUGAUGUAUGUAUGAGAUUAUAGCAUAAUUUGUUAUGAUAUGGGUGGUGUUGUAUUUUUCAACCUGAUUGCUAAGAAAUAGUAUUAAUGAUAAUAAUGGUGUUGUUUUAUGGAGCGCACACACCGUCAAAGACGUUCAUGGUACUAGCCCAGCAACAGUUUCCUCGUAUGUACAAGUAUGACCGAAGGCCUAUUGUCCUUUCAGGGAGGAUAAAUAGCUUACCAAAGGAUAUUGUACAAUGCUUACUUAGCUCAUGACAUAUACAUGGUGUACUGUGAAACCUACUAUUUUAUCCUUUGCCAUGGAAACCAGAAGUUACGCCUACUUAGUAGCUUGUUGUGCACAAGCAAAUGGAAGGCUGAAUGAGCAACAUUCGCACCAUCGUACUCGUGUCUGCUCGCUAUUGUGUACUUGUGUCUAAAGUGGAAAUCAAAUCGGAUUGUGAAACCACCUCUACCAUCAUGCUAUACCUUGUGAUGAAAGUAACGUAAAUGCAAAAUGAAUUGUUGUGUCAUAGUUGCGAUAGUCACUUGAAAAGGUAAAAAAGUUGUCAGGGCAUUCAAUUACCCCCCCCCCCCCAGUUGGUUUAGGGUUAAACACAUCCAGAUUAUUAUAUUAUAACCCCUGUCAACGGAUGCAAUCAGUCUUUUCAUUAUUAUCUUCCGCUCCCUGGGGUGUGGGGUACUUACAAUGGUGAUCAAUUACUUUUGUAUUCUACCGGAUAUGCCUUUCAAUUUCACCCCAGGCUGUCCAUUGGAUCAAGACAUCAUUGUGAGCAGCUCCCUUGCUAACAAACGUUCUGAGCAUUCACCCUGUUUCUGCACCCUGAUAACUUUUCUGCAUGUAGUUAUGGAUUGAUUUACAAAGGUACAUUCAAACCAAAUCAUUUAAAAGGUUAUGUGUGCUUGAAGACAAACCUGCUUUGCAAAAACACCGGUGUUAAUUUAACACCAGCCUGGUAUCUAUAUCAGAAAACACAAGGAAAAUGUUGAAAAGAACACCAGUUAAGAAUGAAACCGAAAUUGGUUUAACCAUGGGUUCAUAGUUUAACUCUGAUUAUUGCUGUUUAAAUGCCUAUCUGCUGUUAAAAUCUUAAGUGGUGCUGUUUCAACACCUGUAUAUUUUCCUAUAUAGAUAACGAGCUGGUGUUAAAUAAACACUGGUAUUUUUGCAGUGUGUAGGCUCUCUCCUUUCCCUUUUAUUUUGUUUCUUUCUCUCUUUUCCUUCAUUUCUUCUUCUCUCCCCUUUGCCUUCUCACUCUUUUCCUUUUUUUUCCCUUCUCCCUUUCCCCUCCCUUUCUUUCCUUGUCAUUUGAGUCCACUUUUCUUUCCUCUCAUUUUCCCUCCUUUCCUUCUUUUCUCACCCUUUUCCAUCUUUUUCUUUUCUUCGUCUUCUCCCUUUCCUUUAUUUUUCUCUCCCUUCUCCAUUUUCUAUCUUUUCACUUAGUUUCUUUCUUCUCUCCUUUUCCUUUUUUUCUUCCUCAUUUUCUCUUUUCUGUCUUACCUCGUUCCCAUUCUCACCUUUUCCUUCUUUUUCUCACUUUUCCCUCCUCCUUUUCUUCUCAUCCUCUAUCUCUUGCUUCCUUCCUCUUUUAAUUCCCUUUCCUGCAUUUUCUCCUUUUCCCCUUCUUUUGCAUAUCUUUUUCCUUUAUCUUCUCUUUCCGUUUCCAUUUCCCUCUUCUUAUCCAUUAUGUUUUGUCUGCCCGCUUCUUUAUCUUUCCCAUCAUCCUUUCCCUUCUAUCCCCCUAUCACAUUAUAAUGAUAGUGUCAUAUAUCGAAAAAGGAUUGGAGCAGCCUUUGGUAGUCCUUUGUCUCCCAUUCUGGCAUCAAAUCCAGACUCUAGAAACGUUACUUAGAUUACGUCCUUGCCAUUGGAUGACAAGUAUCAUAUGGACAGAUUACCAUUUUAUCUUCUCUCAAGUGCAUAGGCGGAUCCAGGGGGGGGGGCCGAGGGGCCCGGCCCCCCCCCCCCCUAUUGGCGGAGCAAAAAAAAAAAAAAGGGAGAAAGAAAGAAAAAAAAGAAAAAGAAGGGAGAAGGUGGAGAAAAAGGAAGAGUAAAGAGGAAGACGAGUGAAUAAAAUAAGAUGAGGGGGAGACUUUGAAAAUAUAUUUUUUUUGUAAAAUUCAUGUCACUAUAUAAAAUUUUCGCUCGCAUUGCCUUUUAGGUGAUUUACAUAUCUUGCUCAAUAUGGAGCUUAAAACUUUAAAGUCAAUUUUCAAAACAUAUUUCAGCUCGGAAAUCGAACUUUGAUUAUUUUGGUUUGAUUUAAAACUCUAUUUUUUUUCUGUUUAAUGGUCUGAAUAUUCACAUUUUCUGCUCGCGCUGUGCGCUCGCAAAAUUUGUCAGGUACCUAUUAUUUGCCUGUAUUCCAUAAAGUUCUAAAAAUAUCCCUAUUCAGGUCAGAUUGUCAAAACGCAAUAGCUAGGGCUGCAAGCUUGCAUUUAAUUUGCUUGGUGAGUUAUGUAUAUCUUAAUAUUAACAAUUAUAUGACAAACUACUUAAAAUCCAUAUUUCAUGACAGUUUAUCAAAUACUUUGGCUCCCGAUUUGCGCUUGCAUUGAUUGUUGAAAAUAUAUCAACUCAUGCACCUUAUUCAUAAUUACAAAAGUGCUUUAAAUGUCCAGUUUUCAGGCCAUAAUAUUAACAGAUUUCGCGCUCUCAUUAGGGUUAUUAGAUAAAAAAAUAAGGUAUUAAUUUAAUAAUCAAAUUGUACCUUUUUUCAGAAUGGAAUAUCGACAAGUUUCAUCUCGCGCAUAGGAAGAGAAAUAGGAAGAUAGUCAUCAUUUUCAUAUGAUGACAUAAUGUUCUUAGAAUAUCCCAGUCCUAUAUGUCAAAACUCAAAGUAAUAACAAUGAAACAUAUCAGCUCUUUUUUAACUGUAAUCCAUAUCUACCUCACAAUUUUUCUACAAAGUGCUUGAAAUACAAAGCUUAAAUUGACCCUUUCCAGAUCAGAAUAUUUUAUUGAUUUUCAUGAUAAAAAAGUUAUUUAGAAUGCCCAGAUUCUAGGUCGAAAUCUGAAGCACGUGCGCGCAUGUUUAUUCACAUACGCAGCUUGUUCUCUAUACAUGUUUAAAUCAUUAUCCAGUUUCAGAUCACAAUAUCAAAAAAAUUUCUGUUCGCGUUUUGCACUCGCAUUAUUAAUGUAGGAAGAUUUCCAAUUACUCAUCCUUUUCAUGAUUUACAAUACAUGAAGUGUCCAAAUUUUAGGUGUCAAUCUCAUUUUUUUCCGCUAGCGCUUCGCGCUCGCAUCAAUUGUUUAGUUACAUACUUAUCCUUUUCACGAUAACAAAAAGUGCUUAGAAUUUCCAUUCUUUAGGAAGAAGUGGAAAAAUAUUCAGCUCGCACUAUUUAAGUACGGCUUAUGAGAUUAUUAUAUAUUUAUGUUAAGAAUAAAGCUUAGAAGUGACUAUUGGGACUACCCCUUC